CAUUUAAACUUAUCAGUGCAGCUCACUGUGAUCCCCGCUCUACCCAAACAAACAUGCUUUGACCCAAUAUGCACUUUUACGUCACAGGAAUGGUUGGGAUUUUGCAGACUUUCUGGAUUGUUUGGAUUAAUUGAGUCAUGGAAUUACCAAUGAUAUGGAUGUGCUUUGGAUUACUUAUUCAUCACGUCCCAAAGUUUGGAUGCUUAGAUUUACAUCUAUGGGAAACCCUGCGACCCGGCGUGACACUGGCAAAUGUAUCAAUCGGACCGGAAUGGGUGUACAAAAUCGACAGACAUCUCACACCGAAGUCUGUCCGACUCGUUUUGGAGAUAGAGAAAAGUAACGGGAGGAUAUCACUCGCGCGUAAAGUGGACUGCAUGCGUUUCGAGAAAAAUCCAUCGCCACUGUAUGUGCGGAUAAAAUCACUGCUUUCUGAAAACUUCGUACUGGUUCAUUUCAACACAUUCGUGCAUGGUCAGAAUUGCUUUAUUAAAUACAAAAGAAAAACUCCUAAUCCUGUUUAUAUGCAUCUUCACUAUGGAUAUGAAACGUGCAUUUCUUUGGACUCCUUUCAUAUAAACAUCUAUGAACAUUUACCUUCAUCCAUGCGGACUGCACAAAUGUCUCGUGGUAGGUGCGUGGAAAAAGACAAACAUGCUGACUCCCACACGAGCGCAAAGUUUUGUUUGCCAAACACUGAGGUGAAAUUAUUUUGUUUAAUGACUAACUCUCAAAAUGGCACAUUACUUGUAGACGUCCAACUACAUUUAAACAAAAUACAAAAUGAUAAACAGCCCUUGGACUCGUGGGCUAAACGUCAAAAACGAAACGUGAACUCCGCACCUCAGUUUCAGCUGCCAAACUACCAAGUAUCCGUGCCUGAGAACGAGCCCUCGGGGACGCGCGUCAUUACGCUCAAAGCCUUUGACGCAGAUGAUGGAGACGCUGGUGUUGUUGAAUACGAUAUGGAAGCCCUUUUUGACAGCAGAUCUAACCAUUUGUUUCAGAUAAACCCUGAAACUGGUGGAAUAACAACCCUGCAACCUUUAGACAGGGAGCUUAAAGAUACCCACGUGUUCAAAGUUACCGCCACGGAUAUGGGAAUCCCAAAAAGAUCAGCAAUCGCAUAUCUCACGAUCACAGUGAGCGACACUAACGACCACCCGCCAGUCUUUGAACAGACUGAGUAUAGAGUUAGCAUUCGUGAAAAUGUUGACGUGGGUUUUGAAGUUAUAACCAUUAGGGCUACCGAUGGAGACGCACCAUCCAAUGCCAAUACAAUUUAUAAGAUAGUCAAUUAUAAUGAGAUGAAUUCAUCCUUUGAAAUCGAUCCCAGGAACGGGUUGGUCAAAACCAGAGUCAGUCCGGAUCGAGAGUUAAAGACCCAUUACAAGCUCAUAGUUGAAGCCAACGACCAGGGCAAAGAACCCGGUCCGCGCACUGCCACGGCGACGGUUCACAUCACUAUAGAGGAUGAGAAUGAUAACAACCCACAGUUUAGUGAGGAAAGAUAUCUAGUUCAGGUCCCAGAAAACAUCGCUGUAAACUCGCAAGUGGCUGUGGUGAAGGCCACCGAUAAAGAUGCUGGAAACAAUGCUAAAGUCCAUUACAGCAUCAUUAGUGGGAAUGUAAAGGGCCAGUUUUAUAUACAUUCCCCUACAGGAGUCAUUGACGUUAUCAGCCCCCUAGAUUAUGAGAUGAUAAGGGAGUAUACGCUCCGUGUGAAGGCACAAGAUGGGGGGCGCCCGCCUAAUAUCGAUGGGACAGGUGUGGUGGUUAUCCAAGUGGUGGAUGUUAACGAUAAUUCCCCCAUGUUUGUCAGCACACCCUUUCAAGCUUCAGUGUUAGAAAAUGUUCCUGUUGGCUACUCCGUGAUACACAUUCAAGCUAUAGAUGCUGAUUCGGGCGACAAUGCUCAUUUGGAGUACAAACUGACCGACACGUCACCCGGCUUUCCGUUUGUCAUCAAUAACAACACGGGGUGGAUCACAGUUUGUGCUGAGCUUGACAGGGAAACUACUGAGUUUUAUAGCUUUGGCGUAGAAGCAAAGGAUCAUGGGAUUCCUACGAUGUCAUCCUCAGCUAGCGUUAGCAUCUCUGUACUGGACGUAAAUGAUAACGUCCCCACCUUCACGCAGCAUCUAUAUAACCUAAAGGUUAACGAGGAUGCUGUUGUGGGUACCAGCGUGCUUACGGUCACAGCUAUAGAUAGAGAUGUAAACAGUGUGGUGACGUACCAGAUAUCAAAUGGGAACACACGCAACAGGUUUUCCAUCACUAGUCAGAGCGGAGCUGGGUUAAUCACUUUAGCAUUACCCCUGGACUACAAACAAGAACGUCAGUACGUCCUAACAAUCACAGCUUCGGAUGGUACGCGCCAUGAUACAGCUCAGGUGUACAUUAACGUUAGUGAUGCCAACACUCAUCGCCCUGUGUUUCAAAGUGCCAACUACCAGGUUUCAGUGAGCGAGGACCGGCCUGUUGGCUCCACUGUUGUUGUAAUAAGUGCCACAGAUGAGGACACCGGGGAAAAUGCUCGUAUCACUUACGUAAUGGAGGACAAUGUUCCACAGUUCAAGAUUGAUCCUGAUACUGGUGCCAUUACAACUCAAAUCGAGAUCGACUACGAAGAUCAGGCCUCCUACACACUAGCCAUCAUUGCACGAGACAACGGCAUUCCCCAGAAAUCGGACACCACCUACGUGGAGAUCAUCGUUCUUGAUGCUAACGACAAUGCACCCCAGUUCAUCAGGGACAUUUAUAAGGGUAAUGUAUUUGAGGAUGCACCCGUGUACACCAGUGUGCUCCAGGUAUCUGCUUCAGACCGUGACUCUGGCUCUAAUGGUAGACUAAGCUACACUUUCCAGGGAGGCGAUGAUGGAGAGGGGGACUUCUUUAUUGAGCCUUAUUCUGGGAUCAUCAGAACGGCCCGGAAGCUAGACAGGGAAAACGUAGCGGCAUAUAGCCUCAAGGCUUUUGCAGUUGACAAAGGUGUUCCCCCUAUGAAAGCUGCUGUGGACAUCCAUGUGUCCGUGCUGGACAGAAACGACAAUGCUCCGGUGUUUGAAAAGGAUGAACUGUAUAUUUACGUAGAGGAAAAUAGCGCAGUAGGCUCCACUCUGGCCCGUGUAAGUGCCACGGAUCCAGAUGAAGGGACCAACGCCCAGAUCCUCUACCAGAUUGUUGAAGGCAAUAUCCCUGAGGUCUUUCAGCUUGACAUCUUCAGCGGAGAUCUUAUCGCCCUCACCGACCUAGACUACGAGACCAAGAUGGAGUACAUAAUAGUGGUCCAGGCCACCUCCGCCCCACUUGUCAGCCGGGCCACCGUACACGUCCUCCUAGUUGACGUCAACGACAACGACCCCGUGCUGCAAGACUUCGAGAUAAUUUUCAACAAUUAUAUCACCAAUAAGUCCAACAGCUUUCCCACAGGAGUUAUCGGAAAGGUUCCUGCACGCGAUCCAGAUGUGUCUGAUAAGCUCCUCUACACAUUCGUUGAGGGAAAUGAGCUUAACCUUCUUAUUCUUAACCAAAAUACUGGGGAACUUAAGUUGAGCAAGGACCUGGAUAACAACAGGCCUCUUGAGGCCACAAUGAGAGUAACAGUUUCAGAUGGACUUCACCAGGUGUCGGCCCUUUGUACCCUACGUAUGACCAUCAUCACGGAUGACAUGCUGACCAACAGCAUCACUGUACGUCUGGAGAACAUGUCUCAGGAGCGUUUCCUCUCCCCUCUGCUGUCACUCUUUGCUGAAGGUGUAGCUGCGGUCCUUUCGACCAGCCCCGACGGUGUCUUCAUCUUUAACGUACAGAAUGACACGGAUGUUAGUGGUAGCAUUCUCAAUGUCACUUUUUCAGCUUUGCUUCCCGGACGAAGCGCUGGACGUUAUUUCCCAUCGGAGGAGUUGCAGGAGCAACUCUACCUGAACCGCACACUGUUAAGGCUGAUCUCAACUCAGCGCGUCCUGCCAUUCGACGAUAACAUCUGUCUGCGUGAGCCCUGUGAAAACUACAUGAAGUGUGUGGCAGUUCUGAAGUUCGACAGCACAGCUCCGUUUGUUACAUCAAAUACGGUUCUUUUCAGGCCUAUCCAUCCCAUGAAUGGAUUACGGUGUAGAUGUCCUGAUGGCUUUACGGGAGAUUACUGUGAGACGGAGGUGGACCUCUGUUACUCCGGGCCGUGUCAGAACAACGGGAAGUGCCGCAGUCGUGAGGGGGGAUACACCUGCGAGUGUCCGCAAGAUUUUACAGGUGAGCGCUGUGAGGUGAACACCCGAUCAGGACGCUGUGUAGCCGGGGUGUGUAAGAAUGGAGGCAGGUGUGUGGAUCUUCUGGUGGGGGGUUUCCUGUGCCAGUGUCCCGACGGCGAGUAUGAAAAGCCCUAUUGCGAGAUGACCACACGCAGCUUCCCCGGCCAAUCCUUCAUUACCUUCAGAGGCCUGAGACAGAGAUUUCACUUCACCCUCUCCUUCAUGUUUGCUACCAGGCAGAGAAACGCGUUGCUGCUGUAUAAUGGCAGAUUCAAUGAACGCCAUGAUUUCAUUGCUAUUGAAAUUGUGGAGGAGCAAAUUCAGCUGACCUUCUCUGCUGGAGAAUCUAAAACCACAGUGACUCCGUUUGUAGCUGGUGGGGUUAGUGAUGGUCAGUGGCACACAGUUCAUCUACAUUACUACAACAAGCCCAAUAUCGGAAGGUACGGCAUCCCUCACGGCCCCUCUGAGGAGAAGGUUGCAGUGGUUGCUGUUGAUAACUGUGACGUGGCAAUGGCUCUCCGUUUCGGUGGACAGAUCGGGAACUACACCUGUGCGGCCCGUGCCACCCAAACAGGAAAAAAGAAGUCACUGGAUCUAACCGGACCACUGCUCUUGGGUGGAGUUCCAAACCUUCCUGAAGAUUUUCCAGUACGAAACCGGGACUUUGUGGGUUGCAUCAGACACCUGACCAUCGACAGCAAGCCUGUAGACAUGGCCAGCUUCAUUGCCAACAACGGAACAUCAGCAGGUUGUGCAGCAAAGCAUGACUUUUGUAGCCAGAUUGUUUGUCAGAACGGAGGGGUUUGUGUGAAUAAAUGGAACAGCCACUACUGUAACUGCCCAUUAGGCUACGGAGGAAAACACUGUGAACAUGUAAUGCCCGCCCCACUGCAUUUCGACGGACACGCCCUGGUUUCGUGGAGCGAGACUGAAAUCACCAUUGCUAUUCCCUGGUAUAUGAGUUUAAUGUUUCGCACCAGAAAGAGUGCAGGUGUCCUGUUACAGGCCAGUGCUGGGGAGUCAUCGAAAAUUUGUCUUUUGGUGAACAACAGGCACCUGCGCUUCCAGGUGUUUCUGGGUGUCAGCCGGGUGGCGCUCCUGGAUUUCCAUCAGGUCCGUGUUGAUGACGGCGAGUGGCACCAUGUACUCGUAGAGCUCAAGAGUGGAAAAGAUGGCAAGGACAUCAAAUACAUGGCUUUUGUGUCGUUGGACUACGGCAUGUUUCAGAGGAUGGUGGAGAUCGGUAAUGAGCUGCCUGGACUUAAACUGAAGAAUCUCUGUAUUGGUGGACUGCUUAAAAAAGAUGACAAGGUGCAGAAUGGAUUUACUGGCUGCAUGCAGGGUGUGCGAAUAGGCGAGACCUCCACCAACACGGCUAACAUCAACAUGCAUCAGGCGUUAAGGGUCCGUGUUAAAGAUGGAUGCAAUGUGCCGGAUGCAUGUCAGUCGAACCUGUGUCCCACACAUAGCCGCUGUAUGGACACCUGGUCCUCUCACACGUGUGUCUGUGAGCCAGGGUAUUUCGGGAGAGACUGUAUUGAUGCGUGUCUCCUAAACCCUUGCGAGCACGCUUCCACCUGUAUGCGCAAACCUGGCACCAAGCACGGCUACCAAUGCCAUUGUGGACACAAUUACUAUGGCCAAUACUGUGAACACAAAGCGGAUCAGCCGUGUGCUCGUGGCUGGUGGGGAUACCCAACCUGUGGUCCCUGUAACUGCGAUGUCAGCAAAGGCUUCAAAAGGGACUGCAAUAAAACCACAGGAGAGUGUAGCUGCAAGGAAAACUACUACCGGCCUCCAGGCGGGGACACGUGCUACCCAUGCGAUUGUUUCCAUCUCGGUGCUCAUUCCCGGACGUGUGACCCUGUGACGGGCCAGUGCGUCUGCAAGACGGGCGUUGUGGGUCGGCAGUGCAACCGUUGCGACAAUCCCUUCGCAGAGGUGACGGUUGGGGGAUGUGUGGUGAUUUAUGACGGCUGUCCAAAAGCCUUUGAAGAUGGGAUCUGGUGGCCCAGGACUACGUUUGGUGGUCCUGCAGCUACAAACUGCCCAAAAGGAUCCAUCGGCACAGCAAUCCGUCAUUGCAGCGGUGAUAAAGGUUGGCUUCCACCUGAGCUCUUCAACUGCACCUCCCUCACUUUCUCAAACCUAAAGAAAGAGAGUGAGGAACUUCAUGCAAAUAGUUCUCGAAUGGACGGGGAACGGUCAAGAAGCCUUGCGGGUCUCCUGAAUUCGGCCACCGGCAGCACUGACCGCCUCUUUGGGAAUGACGUGAAGGUCGCCUACCAUCUUCUGGGCAGCGUGUUAGAACAUGAAAGCCUGCAGCAGGGUUUCGACCUCACCGCCACGCUCGAUUCUGACUUUAACAAGAACCUUGUUAUUGUUGGAAGUGCAAUCCUUGAUCCGGUUAACAAGGAGCACUGGGAGAAGAUCCAGCGCUCUGAUGGGGGCACAGCCCACCUGCUCCGUCAUUUCGAGGAGUAUGCCAACACCCUGGUGCAGAACCUGAGGAAGACCUACCUGAGACCCUUCACCAUCAUCACCGACAACAUGAUUGUCGCUGUGAAUUUUCUGGACCCCAUCACAGACCAGGCCGAGAUCCCUCACUUUCAGGAGAUUAGUGAAGUGUACUCGAAAGAGCUGGAGUCCUCCGUUUUCUUCCCAAACCUGCUCACUGUUUCAAAAAAGAGCAAAGAUGUUUUAACAUCAGACACUUCAGCCCAGAAUGAACCAACCAAGUUUAACACCAGUAUGGAUGAAUCGGAUGCGGUUGAUAAGGCAUCUUCCAUUAAGAAACGACGGCACGUUGAACCAGCUGACAUGCCCGCUGUUGCCAUGGUGAUCAUCUACAGAUCUCUCGGUCAGCUUCUUCCAGAGAGCUACGAUUCAGAUCGACGUAGCCUGAGACUGCCUACCCGUCCCGUCAUUAACACACCUAUAGUAAGUGUGGUGGUCCACAAGGAUGGAGAACCCAUCUCAACUCCUCUCCAAAGACCCAUUAUUCUGAACUUCAGGCUUCUGGAGACCCAGGAAAGAACCAAACCUGUGUGCGUCUACUGGAAUCACUCUAUACCAGUUGCUGGUGGUGGUGCUUGGUCUUCUAAAGGCUGUGAGCUGAUCUUCAGGAACUCAACGCACAUCAGCUGUCAGUGUAACCACAUGACCAGCUUUGCCGUCCUCAUGGACAUCUCCAAAAGAGAGCAUGGUGAUGUUCUUCCUCUGAAAGUGGUCACCUACACCACAGUAUCUGCUUCUCUGGUGGCCCUCCUCAUCACCUUCCUGCUUUUGGCAAUCCUCCGCAGGCUGCGCUCAAACAUCCACAGCAUCCACAAGAACCUGGUGGCUGCCAUCUUCCUCUCUGAGCUCAUCUUCCUCACUGGAAUAAACCAGACUGACAGACCGUUUAUAUGCACAGUAGUGGCCAUUCUCCUACACUAUUCAUAUAUGUGCACAUUUGCCUGGAUGUUUGUGGAAGGGCUGCACAUCUAUCGGAUGCUGACUGAGAUGCGCAACAUCAACCAUGGCCACAUGCGCUUCUACUAUGCUAUCGGCUGGGGAAUACCUGCUAUUAUCACAGGUUUAGCUGUGGGGUUGGAUCCUCAGGGUUAUGGAAACCCGGAUUUCUGCUGGCUAUCUGUUUAUGACACUCUUAUCUGGAGCAUUACAGGCCCCAUCUCCAUAGUAGUGCUGAUUAAUAUGGUUCUAAUCGUGCUGGCAGCCAAGGCGUCUUGUGGAAGAAGACAGCGAAUGGAGAAAUCCGGAGCAAUCUCGGCUCUUCGGGUGGCUUUUCUUCUUCUGUUGCUCAUCAGCGCCACCUGGCUGCUGGGUCUCAUGGCAGUCAACAGCGAUGCACUUACCUUUCACUACCUCUUUGCCAUUCUCAGCUGCUUACAGGGUAUUUGCGUCUUUUUGUUCCACUGUGUUCUCAACAAAGACGUCAGGAAGAACCUUAAAUGUGUCUUUAUAGGGAAGAAAGCUCCAGCUGAGGAUCUCAGUGUAACACACCCAACUUUACUCACACGUUCUCUGAAUGUUGAUCCCUACGCAGAGGAUGGAGGGCUGUACCGCACCAACAUCGGAGAGUCCAUGGUGUCUUUACAGAGCUCUGUGAGAUCGGGCAAAAGUCAUAGUAGUAGCUACCUCGCUUGCACUCUCAGGGAGAAAAAACACAGCGUGUCCUCAAAUGGCGGAAAAGUGGUGCGGGAUGAAAAAGACUCGACACUCUUUUUUCACAAGAGUAACAAGACAAGAGACUCCGAUUCAGAUAGUGAACUCUCCGUGGACGACCACAGCAGCUCCUGCGCUUCGUCCCACUCCUCCGACAGUGAGGAUGAUACCAGACGCUCAAAGACCAAAUGGAAUAAUACAAGAUCGCCCAUCCAGAGUACUCCUAAAGGGGACGUAGUGUCCGGUCACAAGAAGCCAUGCUGGCCGGAGGAGCCGCACAAAGCCUCAGAAAGUGAAGAUGUGGCUGGUCAAGAGAAACUGCGCGUGGAGACCAAAGUUAGCGUGGAACUUCACCAAGGGAAUAAAGUCAAUCACAACGGAGACGUGUCUCACAAUGACAGCCCACCCAGUCAGCCAAACAGCAACCAGCUACCAAGGAGAGGCAUUUUAAAGAACAAGAUCACAUAUCCUCCUCCACUGACAGACAAGAACAUGAAGAACCGCUUAAGGGAGAAACUCAGUGAUUAUAAACUUCCCUGUAAGAGUCCAUCUGUAGACUCAAAUGAUGAAAUUCGCCAGGGAACCGAGGCCAAGAGCAUCAUCAUCAAACCACCUCCAAUAUCACCACAGUUGGCGCUGAACGGAGGGACGGGUCCUAUCGCUGCAGUAGAGGAAGACUUUGAUUCUGAUGGAAGCAAUGAAACUUCAAUCUGAAGUCUGCUGUUGAGGACAUCAGAUGUCUUGGAAGUGGUUUUGUGACAUCUAUGAAGACCAAGCAGUAUUACUACACAGCAUGGUCCUGUCGUUUAUAAAUAUGUUUGUGAUUGGAGGCUGAGCACUCGAAAUCCCAGCAUUCCAAGGUGCAAGAAAAUCUAAAAUAUGCUAAAGACUGAUAUGAUUUUGGAUUUCAGUACAGUUUCUCUUAGACUUUGUGUAAGUAAUGUUUAUAGGUAACUUUUUUAUUUUAGAUAUGAAACUUGUUUGUAAAUUGUAAAUUAGGAUUUCAGCAUGAUGCCAAUACUGUUUAUUUAUGUUCACUGUGAUAAUUUUCCAGCACUGUUUGAAAUGUUGCUUGUUGUGUUUAUAUUGUAUAUUUUGUAGCUUAAUUUGUACAAUGGUUUAUAUAUUAGUUGGGACGGUUUGGUCCGUUGUAUUUUUACAAUGAUUACCACUGACAGUAUUUAACAACAUGUUCAGCAUGCCAUUUUUAUUACUGCCAGUGCUGUACAUAUAAAAACAGUGUUUUUUUAUGUUUGCUAAGCAUGCAAAUUACAAUGAGACUCAAGUGCCUGUUGAAAAACAAUAUUUUACUGCUCUGCCAAACCUCUUGUAAAUAAUAUACCCACUUUUAUUUACAAAUUCAGGGAGACAUUUUUGGUUUGUAAAUGUCCACUAACUGUUGUCAGGUCAUUAUGUAAUCCAUGUUAGUUAAUAGUCAUAACAUUUAGUAAGAAACAUCCUAGCGUAAAAUAGAUUGAAUGUGUAUCCACGAAAUACCUCCAUUACUUCUCAAUGUUCAUAAAUACUAUACCAGCAGUUAAAGAAUAAAGGUAUUUAUAUUCCUUACUAUUGGCACUGAUAAAACAUUUAAACAUUGUAAAUAAACAGCUUUUAAAGAUUUAUUAUUCUUUUGUUGCUAAUUUUGGUGUACCUUACUAGUUGAUAAAACAAUUUUAGUGUUUACAUACUGCAUAUGUUAUGUUGAAGACAUUUUUGCAUUUAUCUGAUAGCAUUCAAGGAGAUGAUA